AUACACUGAAUAUUGUAAUGAAUUUAUCAUUUUUUGUUAUUUCUAAAUAUUGAGUUUUUUUUAUCGAGAUUGAUUUUGGAAAUUUAUUUAAUAUUUGGCUUUUGGAUUAAGAAAUUGAGCUCAGUAUGUACCAAAAUAUCGAUAUAUAUAAAAAAAUUACAAUUAAAUAAACAUAGCGUGCAAACUUUCCAACUCUCCUAGGUCACUCUUAUUAGGAAUUACGUGUAGUAAUUAGUUUACCUUAGUUUCCUUGUCCAUGUAUAAUUGUAUUUUCGUAUCAUACUUGUAAACCUGUACUCCAUUGGGUAUAAAUAACCCUUCUAUACAUCAAAACAAACACAGUUUACAUUCAUUACAUGGUAUCAGAGCUUGGUUUACCUCACUACAACUUCAUUGGUAAUCGGUGACUCUAUCGAAUCAAAUUUUGACCUGAUGGUAGCAUUGAGCGCUUCAAGACUCGACUAGUGCCUAAAGGUUUCCCUCAGUGCCCAGAUGUUGACUUUCACGAAACAUUUAGUCCCAUUCUCAAGCCCGUCACGGUCCGCACUGUGUUCACGUUAGCUCUCUUCCACAAUUAGACGAUAUAUCAUAUUGACGUGAACAAUGCAUUUCUUUAGGUUCAUCUUCAUGAGGAGGCUCAACCUCCGGGUUUACGUAAUCCUCAGUUUCCCAAUCAUGUGUGUCGUCUACGUCAAGCUAUCUAUGGCUUGCGUCAAGCACCGCGCACUUGGUAUGAUGAACUGAGCUUUUACCUUGUUUAGUGUGGGUUUACAAAGACUCACUCGGAAGCUUCUCUAUUUGUGUAUCAAUGUGUUGUGGUGUUUGUUUACUUCUUGAUAUAUGUGGAUGACCUUCUUCUUACCGGCAAAAACUUCGAGUUCUAACACCAAUUACAGGAUCAGUUGUCCGCCCGGUUUGCUCUGAAGCAUCUUGGCCAGGUCAAUUAUUUCUAAGGGAUUGAAGUCAUCCCUACUUCCACAUGCUAUAUUCUCUUGAAGAACAAGUACAUUUAGGACAUUCUUACUCGGUUUCAAAUGCAUGAGGCCAAGUCAUCGUCCACUUCUCUGGCCUCUACGACUCGUCUUCUUCUACGGGAUGGGUCAGUUGCUGCUGAUGGUACUCUCUAUCGACAAGCUAUUGGUGUUCUCCAGUAUCUUCUUACAACUCGUCCUGAUGUGGCCUCCGCUGUCAACAAAAUGUCACAAUACAUGCAUGCUCCCACGUCACUUCACUAACAACAUGUUAAAUGACUACUCUUGUACUUGGCUAGUACUCACUCUCUCAACUUCUACAUUUGCCACCAGUCUUCUGUACUAUCACUUCGUGUUUUCUCCGACUCAGGCUGGGCUGGUGACCCUGAUGAUCACACCACCAUGUUUGCUUUCUCAUUUAUCUUGGCGGCAUGUUGAUCUCCAAGAAAUCCACGAAAUAGCGCACAGUUGCACGGUCUAGUACUGAAGUUGAGUACCAUGCCAUUGCUCUUUGCACAUCUGGGACAACUAGGGUGCCUUCAAUUUCAGCUCGAAUCCUGUGUUCCACUCCCGCAUAAAACAACUUGCGUUGGACUAUCAUUUUGUGCGCUAGCGUAUCCAAACUCGGCAACUUCACAUGCGCCACUUGCCUAUUGUCUCGCAACUUGCCGAUGCACUCACCAAACCACUCUCGGCUACUAGGUUUCACUUGUUACGCUCACCAAACCACUCUCCAUCUUACGUGGCGUAUUAGGGAUUAGACUUUAUCCAUGUAGUAUUUAGCAUACCUUAGUUUCCGUGUCCAUGUAUAAUUGUAUAUAUUAUUGUAUAUAUGUAUCAUACUUGUAAACCUGUACUCCAGUGGGUAUAAAUACCCCUUCUAUACAUCAAUACAAACACACAAUUUACAUUUCUUACAACUCUGGUCUCUCAUUCAAUUUCUUGUUAUUUUGAGAAAACCAAAUAGCAAACAAUCUCGCAAGUUAUCUCUAGCUCUCUUAGUUUCCAAUCAUCGAAUUAAAGACUACCAAAAGCAAUAAAUUGAUAUAUUACCAUCUCAUCACUUCUCCUUGUCUCUGUUUUAGUUUUAUUCAAACUCAAACCCUUUGCCUAGCCUCUCGGCCCACAAUCAUAACUUGUGAAUAAAUAUGUUUGAUGAAU